AUGUCCAACAUAGACUAUUUUUGGGGACCUGCAACGUCCACCAUUGACUGGUGUGAAGAAAAUUACCUUGUCUCGCCUUAUUUAGCCGAAUUUGUCAACACAUGCACGAAUCUUACAUUCAUCUUUUUAUCAUUGUUUGGAAUCUAUAAUAUAUUCAAAAAUGGAUUUGACGCGUCAUUUAUCAUUGCUUAUCUUGGCAUCAUUCUCGUAGGCUUUGGAUCAUGGUGUUUCCAUAUGACACUUCAAUAUGAGAUGCAACUUUUGGAUGAAUUACCAAUGAUCUAUGUUGCUUGUAUCAUGGUUUGGCACAUCUACGUCGCAGAUCCAAACUAUAAACGGAAUUACAAGUUGCCACUAGGCCUCAUUCUCUACUCGGUUAUUGUUACUUAUUCUUACUUGAUCAUCAAUAAUCCUGUGUUUCAUCAAGUAUCCUAUGCUCUCUUAAUAUUCACCAUUGUUUACAAGUCGAUUUCACUUCAAAUGACUGUACCAUCUCAUUAUCAGGAGAAACCAGCACUUGAGAGACUGCUUUGGUUAUCUGCUUUUGGUUUUAUUAUCGCAUUCAUCCUUUGGAAUAUUGAUAACCAAUUUUGUACUCAUUUACGUACCUGGAGACACUCUGUUCCUUAUCUAGUAGGCACUCUUAGUGAACUCCACGGCUGGUGGCAUAUUGGCACAGCGCUUGGUUCUUAUUAUUUUGUCGUUUUCUGCGAAUGGGUCCAACAAGUAUUGAACAAUCAAAGAUACACUUUACAUUGGAUAGGCCCUGUUUGCUAUUUGCGACCUCCCGAGAAGGCAAAGAAAUAA